AUGUAUUCCAAGAUUAGACAAUGUCAUAUGAGUAUUUGGUUCAAGGGUAUAUCUUAUACUGACAAAGAUGCUCGUCAAAGCAGUUUGAUCAACGAUGAAUUGGUACUUGGACUGUCAAAGUAUAGUAACAAAAGUCACCAUGAUGGCCCUGAAACCAACGACAUUCAAGAUGUUAUUAUAACCGAUAUCCGUGGUAUUGGAUCUGACUUUAGGUUUCCAGUAUCUACUACAUCACUGAUCAUUCAUAACUUGCGCUCCCCUUUUAGAUACCUUCCCAUCAAUUUCAUUCCACCAGGUCUCAAGCACUUGUCGUUGGCUUGUUUGGCGUUUGACCAUAACGAUCCGUUUCUCGUAGACACUAUCGAAUCAUUCGAGUUGGUGACACCCAAGGUAACAGGUCAAAUUGUACUACCAAGUGGAUUGAAAUCGUUUGUACAUCGAGUAACAAAGGGUAAUUCGGGCUAUAUUCCAUUUCGAUUCGUACCGUUCUCAAGUCUCGUGUCACUCACUACACUAGAGAUGAGAGUCAAGGAUAUAGAGACGGGUGUCUUGCCUGCCAGUCUCACAUCGCUCAACCUCUCAUUUCAAGAUCAUCUACCCAAAGACUUUUUAAAGCCGUUGGCAUCGUUGGUCAACCUCGAGCUCAAUGCAGUGAUGUCUUAUGAUACUGCUGCAAAUACUGGUAGUAGCUGUUUACUGGAUUUUCGACCACUCCAUUCUCUCAAGACUCUACACUUUUAUUACGAGUUUGAGGAUGAAGGGAUUCCCCAUGGUCGACCAACCCUUCAAUAUGAACCAUACACCGUUGACUUUAUACCGGCCACCCUUCACAGCCUGACUAUUCAAUACAGCUCGUUGGCAUGUGCGGCUCCUCUCCCGUCAUCACUGACAUAUCUUGACAUUGGCCAAUGCCAUGGCCAGCUGCCCGUUGGACUGGUUCCACACGGUGUCACUCAUCUCAGAAUAGGUUCAUUGGGGUUAGGACUGCAGAAAGGAUCGAUUCCAACAUCGGUUACCAAGUUGUCGCUCGGCUACUAUAACGGUCCGACAACGUCAUCCUUUCUCCCCGACUCUAUCAAACAAUUGUCUUGGAAUAGAAAGUACAGAGACGGUCGUGUCCCUCUACCAAAGCAAUUGGAGAAACUUGAAUGGGCGGGCAAAAGGUUUGAACCUCUUUAUGGGUCACAAUUAAAUGGGUGUCCAGUCACACUAACCUCUCUCACAAUACCAAUGUCCAUCGAUUAUAUUCCACGUGGAAGAAAUUACAUAUUUUCACUGUCCGAUCAUUUCCCAAACUAUCAAGAUGGUGAUGAUAAUCAUCAUUUACUGUUGCCACCAAGUAUCAAACAUUUGACAUGUCGCAUUGAAAUGGGGCCCGGCAUUUGCUGUUUUAGAUUGGACCAAGUGAUCAACCAAACCAACGUUGAACGUCUCACCAUUAACUUUAUGAAUUACAACAAACAUGCAUCGUUUGAUAUUAAAAGGUUGGAUGAAAAUAAUUCACAAAUAUUAAUGGUUGAUCGACGAUCAAUAUUUGGAGGGUUCAUUACUCAACAACGUCGAUCAAAUCAACAACCACAACAACAACAACGACAACAACAACAGCCAUCGGAGGAAGCCGAAGAGAUUCAAAAUAAUUGUAAUGGCUACCGACCAUUAUACCUUUGUUGUGGCAAUUCAACCAAUCCUUUUUGGAGUCAUCAAUUGCCAGCAACCUAA